AUAGUAUUUUAUAGUAAUAGAUUUUGUUUGGUGAAUCCAUACCGUAACACUAAUUGCCUUUUUUUUAUGGGACACUAGCUAAUAGCCGAUAGGAUUUAUAAAAAAAUAAUUUGGUCUUAGAGAUCAUGCUACUUGAAAUCUGAGAUAAUGGGCCUUGACUGAAUUGGGAUAAUGGGAUUUUAGAACCGAUCGUCUCGUCAACGGUCGAAUUGGCGGUGAGAGGAGAGAUGAGAGAGAAAAGGAGAGAUCCAAAUCGGAAAACCCUAGAUCCCGUCGUUGACGAUGAUGAGCCGCGUGUCGUCACCGGAAAAGGGUUCUUCGCGUGCUACAUAUUGACCUCCCUUAGUCCUCGUCACAAGGGUCACACCUAUAUCGGGUUCACGGUUAACCCAAAGCGGAGAAUAAGGCAGCACAAUGGAGAGAUACGGAGUGGUGCAUAUAGAACUAAGAAGAAACGUCCUUGGGAAAUGGUCCUCUGUAUCUUUGGUUUCCCUACCAACGUCUCUGCCCUUCAGUUUGAAUGGGCUUGGCAGCAUCCGAGAGAAUCUCGUGCACUGAGAGAAGCUGCUGCUGCUUUUAAAUCAUUCUCUGGACUUGCACGCAAGAUCAAGCUUGCUUACACAAUGCUAACUCUUCCAGCUUGGAAUAGCUUGAACCUGACAGUCAACUAUUUCUCAUCAAAGUACGCACACCACGGCGGGCUUUCUCCAAGUUUGCCUCCUCACAUGAAAGUCCAAGUUUGUGCUAUGGAUGAUCUUCAAUGUUUCACUAAAGGAGACAACGGGCCCGAAGAUGAAGAGAGUUCUGAUAGUAAUGAAGAAGAGGAUGAUUAUAUCAGCAACCAAAUCCAGCCUAGGAAUCCAACUACAAGCUCAUUGGAUGGCUUUUAUCCGGGUGAAAAAGUGAAAGAACCCGAGGCUGUACUUGAUGACAGAUUAGCAAAUUUCACUGGUUUUGGGUUAUUAGAUGAGAGUGAUGAAGAUGAAGUAUCAGGUAGCACUGUGGAGAAAGAACUUGAGACUGACAGAAUAGCAAAUUUCAAUGGUUUUGGCUUAGAAGAGAUUAUUGAUGAUGAAGUAUCACACAUCACUAUGGGGACAGAUUGUUGGAGAAGAAGAAGCCUUAUCACAUCAAACACUGAAGUUGAAGUGAUAGAUCUGAUGACUCCUUCACCGACCUGCAGAGUUGGAUCCUCUAUGAAGAGGCCAAGAAUUUCUGAGUUUAUAGAUUUGACAAGGUCUCCUUGUUUCAUAGAGUUGUAAGAUAACAUACAUAUAUGUAAAGUUAUAACAUUUGGAUGCACAAUAAAAAGUGACAGUGAGAAACCCAACCUUUGUAAUUAGUUUUUUCUUUACUCGAAAAUGGAAUAUACUAUUAUUUA